AUGGAGAGCAGGGAGGAUGCCUAUGCCCACCUGGAGCUACGCACCUUGGAACAGUCCCUGCAUUCCGAAAGUGUCCCCUGGAAGCUCCACGUGUGGCUGGAGUCCCUCCAUGUAGCCCAGCAGCUGUCCAGGGAUGAGGUGACCCUCUCUCUCCUCAGAGACUUCACCACUAUCAGGCCACAGGACUACUGCCAGGAGCUGGUCUCGCCCGCCCUACCUCUCUUGUGUAACAGGCUUGCAACCAGCAAGGACUAUGCCAUAACCAAGAGACUGUCAGCCAUCUUCUCUCACUGUUACGGCUCAGCUCCUACUCCCUCUGUUCCUCAGAUGGACCUCACUCUCUCCACGCAGCUAGAUGCUCAUUUCCUGAACAACCCAGAGAUGUCUGACGUAAUGUUGUUAGUGGAAGGCCGUCCCUUCUACUCCCACAGGGUCCUCCUCAUGUCUGCCUCCAAAAGGUUUCGGUCCCUGCUGAGUUUCUGUGGGUCCGACACCAGCACCAUACACAUCUCUGACAUCACAUAG